UUGGCCCCGUCGAGACUUCGAAGAAAGUUGCGGAUGUCCCGGGCGCGAGUGUGUUUCUCGAGUGAUUAUCAAGGAAUGGAUGUGCUUUUCGUUUCGAACCAACGGGAUGCAACGCAGCGUCGGGAGGCAACGACGUCCUGUCAGCAGUAGCAGGCUGCCAGCGCCUAGCAACGUACCGACACUUUCAGGAGCUCCGGCGACGAUCGACGCAGUAGUUACAUCGACGAAGAGCCCGAGUGCGAGCAAUCGAAGCAUCCCAUCCGGAAGCGAAGUGUUUGUUUAACGGUCGGUGUCGGAAGCAACGAGUGAGCGCGUGCGCAGGCUGCUUCGAACCGGGAAGUUUUCCUUUUUGGAACCGCUUGUCUUCUGGGGCCGCCCGCAUCUUGUAUCCAGUUCGAGCAACAGACCGCGGUCGAGGAACCACCGCUAUGGCUACGCGGUUGCCCUUCUGCGUCGCGGUCCUGCUGGUGCUGCUCGGCGGUGCGCUGCCCUACCACACGGGGGCGCCUCAGGGCGCCUGCAACAACAUGGUGCCGGGCCACGGUCGCCUUUCGGAGACCCCAGCGGACUCCUUCAGCCUGACGACUCAAAAGCAGCCCGACCAGAGCGUCAAAGUCACGCUCACUGGCACCUUCAAGGGCUUCUUGAUUCAGGCGAGGAAGGCCGAUGACGUCGACACCAUGGUGCCGGGAAAGUUCGUCGUCGAGGGCAACUCCAGCCACACGGUCGAGUGUGGCGGGGAAGAAGCGACGGCGCUGACUCACACGGACGGCGAGGUGAAGAGCCAGGUGACGACCACGUGGAUGCCGCCGUCCAACUGGGAAGGCCAGGUUGUUUUCCGGUGA